AUGUUCUUCAGUGUAGUCUUGCUGCUGCCGCUUGUGAUCCGUACUUGCUUGUUGGUUGCUGCGAGGACCAUACCUCAUGGUCAACCGAGGGGGGUACUUCCAGAUGGAAAUAUCGGGACUCCUGCGAUAAUGAACCUUCCAAUAGCUAAGCUUGUGGAAGGAAUCUCUUUGGAACGGCGUGUACUAAGCAAAGAAGAUUGGGACGCGGAGCGGUUUAGACAACUUGGUCAACCUUGGAUCAAUUUUGAUAUGACAAAGCCUUGGGUACCACAGUGCUACGGAUAUAACCAAAAUCAGGAAGUCUUUACUAAAGGCGGGAACAACCAGGGAGUUUUCUCCCUUCAGGACUCUUACCCUAUCGAUAGUAAGACGAUAGCAGCAGCCAGCCUUAUUGUGAAGUUCGUGGACUUCAGCCAGCCAAUAUCAUCAUGCGAAGUUUUCGCCUUGCGAAAGUUCAAACUGAUUUUGGAGGCUGGUCAUACAAUUGUGGAUGGCAACAAGAUCGGGGUUAUCGUCAUGAAAAGAAUGUCUGGAGAGCCGUUACAGGAAACCGACGUGUGGAAGAGCGCCUCAAGAGAACACAAAGCAAAAAUCUGCCAGAAGGUUGCACAACAUAUGCUUCAACUGACCUAUAACUUGGUCAUACAGGGGUUCCUUCAUGCUGACUUCAGUCCGUCAAAUGUCCUCGUCAAAUUCACAAGCAUGAAUGGUCAGGACCCAGAAUUGGAGACCGUUUACAUUGUGGAUUGGGGCCAUCCCACCGUUCUAACAAAAUUACCAGACAAAAAAUCGUAUUCGGCCUGGUUUUUGCAACGAUGGGUAUUCUUAUGGCAAUCAGUUAACAACGAACUUCACGCAGGAAAAGAGGCCGCAAGCAAGGAUGGAGCUAGUGCGAAAGGACACGAAGGGAAGAAUCAGAAACGAAGGUUGCCCUGGUCAUAAUGGGAUCGUUGGCAAAGCGCCGUUGGGACUUGUUCUACAGCUUAUCACUGAUUAAAGCUCAGAUAAAUUCUGGCAUAUUCUUUGCAACAUCCGUUGAGUACUACCUCAAGCACUAGUCAAGAUAGUCUGACAUAGAAUCAAUCACCACUUUCACGCCUUUUCGCGCACGCCUCACUGAUUUUUACUUGGAUGCGGAACCCUUUUCUGUUUUUCCCUUAUUGAACUAUUAUGAGUAAUGUCCAGCAACCACAUAUGACCACCGCUAGGUCGACAUUGGGUGGAAAGAGAUAUUAAAGACCGCGAGGAACAACCCUCUCUCGACACCAUUCAUAUAGAGAAGCAAUCGAAGUCCACAGUAAACGUAGUCGCCCAGAGAGAAAACUGAUAUGAUGACUAAGGUCUCGAAAAAACACACGCUAUUCCAGAGCCCAACU